AUGACGUUCAGUUUUGAUCCUCCAGGGGAGUACCGAAAAAGCAAAGCAACAUUCAUUCCUAACCCGAGUGAUGCUGACUGCAAAGAAUUGAUAAGGGAUGUUUAUGUUAAUGCCACGAGAGAGCAUGCUGGCCUUGUGAUCACAUGCAAAGUGAUUAAACCUUCGAAUGGAGCCUAUGAUAAAAAUGAGAGUACCACCUUGGUCGUGCAAGAGUGCAGCGCAGUGCGUUCCAAUCCCGUCAGUCACAUAUUGUGGGAUGUCAAAGGUCGAGGGGGUGAAAAAGGGUCUCCGUUACUCCGCCAGACGAAUUACUCCGAGACUCACUCUAAAGAUUCUUGGUUCUGGGAUGUCAUCAGCAAAGCCAGUGUUGAGAUUCGGGAAGGAGAGACCAACUUUGGCGUGACGUGUCGAAUUUUCUAUCCGGACAACGCCACGUCGUUCACCGAUGAGCAUAUCCGGGUAUUCGUCAUACAAGGCAAAAACGAAGAACUGACGGGGAAGAUUUGGAUGUUAGCAGUGGUGAUAUCCAACUGCUUGGUUGUCAUUCUUGUCGUCAUUUUGUGUUGCAUCGCUUUGAAGAAAACGAUUAGAAAAAGGAGGAAGAAGAAGAGGCAUUCCAGCAGCAGAAGUUCAGAAGGAGAUGACUCUUAUCCGAUGGUUUCACUGCCAUUCGGAAACGAGGAACGACAAGGAGGCACUCUAAGAUCAGAAGGUACCCUCGAUCGAGUCUCCAAGACCUUUAUUCCAGAGUUGGAGUUUCCAAGGACUAGAGUAAAACUUCAAGAGAUUAUUGGGAAUGGUAACUUCGGUCAGGUCUACAAGGCCAUAGCUAAGGGAAUAGUUCGCAAUGGAGUCGACACUACGGUUGCUGUCAAGAUUAUCAAAGGUGAGAAAGGCUCCUCUGUCUGGUCAGAUUUUAAGAAUGAGCUAAGCAUCUUCAAGAACCUGAAACAACAUCCAUACGUGGUGUCUAUUCUUGGAUGUUGCACAACCGCAGAGCCUUAUUACAUAAUCAUGGAGUACAUCCAAAAUGGGACACUGCAAGACUACAUCACGCAGAAACGUCAAGCUUGGGGCAAGGCGAAGAUGAGCGGCGCUGAGAGUGCAUCGAAGGAAGCGCUCAGUGCAGUGCAUAUACUCAUGUUCGCUUUUGAGGUCGCUAACGGCAUGGAGUAUCUGUCCUCUAUGCAUUUGAUUCAUCGUGACCUCGCAACACGGAACGUUCUAUUGGGAGAGGGGUUGGUAUGCAAAUUGUGUGACUUCGGGAUGGCUCGUGACGUCACAGGAAGCGAGCAGUACGAAAUGUUGUCAGGGAGUGCUGUACCCGUUCGUUGGUUGGCUUUGGAAUGUCUCCUGUCAAACACGUAUACAACAAAGAGCGACGUGUGGUCGUUCGGAAUACUUCUCUGGGAGCUAGUCACACUUGGUGCUCUUCCCUACGCUGAAAUGACACCGGAUGCAAUCAUUGAUGCUGUAAGACAGGGGUUCCGACUUCCAAGACCUGCGCACUGUGGACUGGCCCUGUAA